GAGCUUUCCCUGUGUGCACAAUGGUGGUAUCAUGUAAUCUUAACUGCCUAAUCAAACAGUAAGAGCCGCUUGGAGUGUUUCUGAUUGCAGAGUGUCAUGAAAGGACGAUGGCAUUUCCUCUAAACGGGCGCCAUGUAACCUUGACUGUCCAAUCAGUUUCUAUGCUGCAGUGAAGAGUGCACAUGCUGUUGUUUGAUGUCUUAUUAUCUUAACUGUUUAACGUGACAAUAAGCGCCAUUUUGUUUGCUUUUGUUGUAGUUGAGGUGUUGUCAAGGCUUGCAGUGAUGGAUAUUCCGUACAUCAAUCGUAUACUCUUGGAAAGCAACCAUAUGACGGUCAUGUCGUGCGUACAUGACUGUCCCUGUGAUGACCCUGAGCGCAACGAGGGACAAAGUUGACGCUACAGAAUCGGCGUUGCUUAUAGACUCGAACUACCAUUACCUACGUUUGUACUGCAAAGAAACAAGCCUAAAAGUGGUGUGUAACCGAAUUUUAACCGUGUAACCUGGAAAAACGUUUAUAUGUGCAAGCGGUGUCUGGACUAAGACAGCUACUUGAUCUGACAUUCUGAGCAAUUUUGACGUUUUGCUCUGUGGAUCAACACCUACAAAAAAAAACUAAGUGAAGUGGCAUUCAAGUGAUAAAUGUAAUCCCAGCCUCUGCACAGAUGGGAGUGAGUUGUCUACCCCAGCUCACGUGACGAGGCAGAGGCGGGAUGGAAGGGGAAGGGGACGUGGUGGCCCUGCCCUGUGGCCACCCCUACAUGCUGGACAGGAAUGAUGACAUUGCCUCGGCUGUCAUCUGUUCCGUCUGCAACGCUCGCUACGCUGAGGAACCCGCCAGUGACGACAGCCUCCCCGAUCUGGACUUGCAGGAGACGCAGUUGUGUCCGGUGCAUGGCGAUCCGCUGCGGAUGUGGUGUAGGGACUGCAAUGAGCCUGCAUGCGGCUUGUGCGUGUUCGACAAACACCAAAUGCCUACCCACAUGGUGGAGCCCGCCAACUUGUACGUCAGCGACACCAAGAAUGAGAUGCUCGCCCACCUGGACAGGCUCCACCGCCGGACACGCCGCGGCAUCGCCAGAAACAAGAAGGCAUUCCACGCAUGCGAGAUACAGCUUCUGAAGCUCUUCCGUGAUGACAAGGAGCUGCUGCAGCUGGACGGCAGCCUCAGGAAGAUAAAACACUUGGUGGAGUCCGCCACGGCUGUACGAACACUGUCCCACGCCAGGAAGGAGCUGGGGUGGAUACAGGCCAAGGUGUGGAACUCGCCCAUGAUUAGGGACGACGACGACGAGGAGCCAGAUGACCUGCAGGGAGCCUCCGCCAUGGCCCAGCGCCGUGUCGAGGACCUGGACACAGCCGUGGAGUCCCUGGGCGUGCAGGUCAGCUUAGAAAACGGACGGCGUGCCAGGCUGGAGUGGGAGGAGGACAGGCUGCUGGUGUGUACCACGUCAGAGGCCUCCGCCCAACCCAAGCCCGUCCUGCAGCUGUUGGCGGUGGAAUCCUUAGGGUCGGCGCCCUUCCCGGAGGUGUUCCUGGAACUGAGUGUGGGGACAGUGCCAUUUGGCAUCGUCUACAUCAAGCUGUGGGGGCACCUGCGUCGGGCACAGAACUUUAUGCUCCUGUGUAUGGGCAGCCUCGGACCAUCCUUCGUUGGCUCCCACUUAUUAUCUGUCAACGGCAGGGGCACCGCUGGGGAAUCUAUAGGGGCAGGGAUGUACAAAAAUGGCAGGGGGGUGAUGAGCGCUGUGCCCCUGCUAACUGGCCUGGAGUAUGGCGGGAUGUACCAGACAGAGGUGUCAAGGGGGCUCUUGGUGGCCAGCUCCGGCGGUAACCCUGCGCUAGACAGUCUGUACUCCAUCAUAACAGGGGACGGGGCAGGCGGUGGGUACAGCCCGUGCAAGUUCGGGUGGGUGGUGUCCGGCCUUGAGUACCUGAGGGAGGCUGCCCACCACCAGCCCAUCAAGCAGGUGUGGGUGAGCCAGUGUGGCCUUGUCCUGCCCCGACACACCUAGCCUAGGAUACUAGCGUCCUCAGGGACAGAGAGAUGUUACACUUGUUUGAGAGAUACUUGAGCCUCUUGUAUCAGUGGUCAAUGUCCCCUGACCCUGAUACACUCUUAUUUUGUUUCCCUCCAAGCAUUAUAGAGGUUAGUGCUCCUUUUAGUGAUGGAAUGGCAUGUGAUUCUCUUUUUCCUUCCCUAGGAUUGAGGAAUAUUGCUAUACUCCUUUUACUGACCCUUGAUUUGUGUAUUUUUUGUAUUAGGGACACAAAGACAAAGAUUACUCCAUUUAUAAGGCCUGAAGGGUCAGUGAAUAAAUGUUGUGAGGUUUAAAUUAUAUUUCAAACAGCUGGCAAGUUGUAUAAUGAGCGAGUGACAGAUUACUCAAACGCUGUCCAGAUCUUCAAUCAACCCUCACUUAAGCAGCUGUGGUUAAGAGUAGCACCGGGGGCAGCAUGGACCAAGGAAGUCAGACAUCACAGGAUGUCACAAUGGAAUUUAUCAUCCGUGACACUAAAGUGCUGCUGAGACCGACCACCAGACUCCUCAACCGUGUGAGCAAGACUUAAUAUAAACAGUUUAAAAAAAUAAUAAUGUUUCCUGUUUCCUUUAUGGCCACAGACUGUAAACUAUUGAUUGAUUGAUAGUUUAUUGUUGCAAGUAAACAACAAAGGAAAAGGGAGGAACAUGCCAUCCCAACCCCCAGGCAGUGCAUAGUGUGAUCAUACAACUAUGAAGGAUACAUGUGGAAGUAGCACCAUGAAACUAAAAAGAUACAGUGGUAGGGGACAAGUGCUAAAACAUAAACGCCUUGAGUUAGACACAGGGGACUGAACCUAUGAACUACAGUCUAGGGGCAAAAACUAUUGAUAAAAACUAUCUUAAUGCGGCGACACGUUUCCUAAAUAAACCAACUGGUCUUCU